CGGCGGGCGUCGGGUUCCCCGGACUCGUUAACAAUGCAUCGACGGCGGUGAAUCGGGUACCGACGAACGACGUCGUAUCCGGUGAACUCGGGGACGCUCGGGCGGGAAAGGGGGCGGACAAUCGGCACGCGGCUCGUCGACUCGGAGGCAGGACGAGCGGAUCCUCGCGCGCGCGGUUGUCUGCCGGUGGCCCCCCGGAAAGUGGCACGGCGCGCGAGCGGGGUGAAAUUUUAAUUCGCGCGGAAGUUUGAUAUUCAGAGAUCCGUAGCCGGCAUUCAGCGUCUCACGUGCGAGCGCCGGCUUUCAGCGGCCGGGCAUUUUUGUAUCGCGCCCGACGGCCAAGGAAAACGCACCCGCCCCCUGUCGCCGCGCGGCCCGUUCGCGCGCCGGGAGACGGGGAAAGUGGAUCUCGGGCGAAAGAAAGCCGGGUACGCGGCGGGACGGUAGAACGAGACGACGAUCUGUCAUUCAAGGACGAUUCUUUCAGCCUGCAAACUCGCUGGAUUGUGUGUGCAGGGCCACCCUCUUUAGAAUUCCCCGACCGUGGAGCAAGAAGCUCGUAAAAGACAAAAGGGGGUUGGUAGCAUCGCUGGGGCGGAGAAGGCGAGGCGCGGCGGAGAGAGGCCGUGGGGGAGAGAGGUGAGGAGGCGAGGGAGCCAGGAAGAGAAGCGGAGGAACGAGACAGGAGAUAAGAAAGAUGGGAGAGAGCUCGCCGGAUCUCAGCCUCCGGCUCCGCCGGGGCAGCUCCGACUCCAGGGAUUCCUUCUACAUGGACUUCGCCCAGGGAAUCGACUCGGACAUCGAAGAGGUGACGCGUCCAGGUGACAACAACUCGGACCCCAUGAUGGACAACCUCGAGGAGAACGGGAACGAGCUGCCCCUGCCGAUCGAGGACAUCACGACGAUACCGGAAGAGGCGUCCGAGGAGCUGCGCGAGGAGGAGGCCAUGGAGGCGGCCCUGCGAACACCCGAGGGCCCCAUAAUUAACACGGAAGUGGAGAAACCGUCGCAGCAGCAGCAGCAGCAGCAGCACCCCACGUCCCAGCUCUCCACGCUCGCGCCGCAAGACUGGCCAGGACUGCCGGCCGCGUUGCCGUCGCCGGCUUCGCCGUCCGCGGUGAUCGUUUCGCCGGAAACGCUGUCUAGACACAGCAGCAGCUCACCCUCCCGCGUUCACCGGCCACCCCAGUUCGCCCUGGCCUUGCCGUGCUCCUCGCAGCCGAUUUCCGCGGUCUGCUAUCCGGCCCCGACCUUCCUCGACGUCGCCGAGGACCGGAAGUGGAAGAAGCUGGGAUGCGACGCCCUGGCGACGACGUUAAGCGCCCUAUACGGAAAGCUGCUGGUCGUCAUGGGAAUCGCCUUUCCCAUGGCGGAAGUAAUAUCCACGUACAUCCCGUCCUCGUUCUACGAGGGAUUCUACCUUUACCUCUACUUCGGCAGCAUGAUCUUCCUCGUGUACACGUACGCGACGCUGCUCCGCGACAGCAAGCCCAAAUCGAGUAGCUCCGCCGCGUGUUGUUUUACGAAGAAGCGAAAGGACGUGUGCGACCUGGACUCGUCGAGAUCGUCGAGCGGCGCCGGCGGCGACAGCGACGCGGCCGACGCUGCCUGCCCUCACGUAACCGCCGUCAGGCCCGCCCAGCACUACGGCAGCUUCUACCUUCGCAUGGGAGCCGUCGCGUUCGGGAUCGGCUCGAUGAUCUACUCGGGCCUGGAGUUCGGCCAGUACUUCGAGCUCGAGCAGAACACCAAGUGCCACAACAUCAUGCUGGCCCUGACGCCCGCUACCAGGAUGGCGUUCAUCUUCAUACAGAUGUACUUUAUAUUUCUGAAUAACGAGCAAAUGAAAGUUUAUCGUCAUCGGGUGGUCGCGCGUUUCGGGCUGAUGCAUAUGAUUGGCACGAAUCUGUCUGUCUGGCUGAACGUCCUCGUCCAGGAAACGAAACACGAGAUACUGACGUUCUACAACCCGGAGAACAACUCGUUGAAAAUCUCCCACAGAUUAGGUGCGAAAGGUAAUCUCCAUUUCGGUGGGCACGUUUACUACCACCACGGCGGUCACGUGAGAAUCCCGAGGGGCUUGAAGGGGCCGCACGACCUGUUCGAGUGCAGAAGAACCAACAUAAUGGGCUCGUUGGUGCAAGACGCGAGCCCGUUCCUCUUCCCCUGCACGAUCGAGUACAGUUUAAUCUGCGCCGCGAUUCUCUACGUGAUGUGGAAGAACAUAUCCAAGGCUGCGUUCACCCAGCCGCAGGUGCCGCCAGGAUCCAGGCAUCACGCGCACGCUUAUAGGAGGUCGCCGCACCACUACAGCGUGGACUGCGCCCGCGCGCACAAGGGUCUCUUCGUGGGCAUCCUGAUCCUGGUGCUGACGAUCAUCUCGCUGAUCCUGUUCUUCGUCCUGAUCUCCCGUCCGGAGCUGGUCAGCUUCGCGGUGACCGAGGUGAACGUGUCCGAGCUGACCCUGUACGGGAUGUCGACGAUGGCCACGCUGAUAGGGAUGUUCCAGAUGCGCAAGCUGCGCUACGACGGCAGCAGGAACCUGGAGCUGGACAACAUCCUGCUGGUCGCCGCCCAAACGGGGAUGUUCAUAUACUCGACGUUCACGAUCAUCGGCGCCCAGUUCACCCUGGCGAAGCACACCGUCCUGGUGUUGGUCACGGCGCUGGCCAGCGUCCUGCAGACGACGUUCCAGACGAUCUUCAUCCUGGACGCUUCGAGGCGGUCGGUGGCCACCGCGAAGCAGAUCCGGAAGAAGCCGGGCAGGGAGAUCGUGACGUUCCUGUUGGUGACCAAUCUGGCGAUGUGGGCGAUCAACACGCUCGAGAAGUCGCGCGCCGAGUCGCACCCCGUGCAGCUGCACUUCUACGGGCUGUGGGCCUGGACGAUCAUCACGCACGUCUCGAUGCCGCUCGCGAUAUUCUACAGGUUCCACAGCACCGUGUGCCUCUGCGAGGUCUGGAAACGCGCGUACAAGGUCAAGCCGACCUACAUGUGACGCAAGGGGUCGCGCGAGGUCGCGUGCAACGCAGCGGCUCCUCAGAGACCCACCACGCUGCCGGCUAGGCUGGACGCCAUCGUCGAGAACGAUCCCGUUUACUUCAUGUAACCGGGGCCGGGUGCCUUGGCCGGUGAAGUUUUUGUUCCCUCCUCGUCGGGGAUGCUCGCAGACGCUCCUCGAGGACCUUGAACGCGUCACGCGUCUUCUGCGAAAUUUUUCGGUACCUUAGGCUAUGAAGUCGGUAGACAUUUUCGUUGGGUGGUUGGAUGUUUUUGGGUGAUUGGGAUGUAAAUUGAGCGGUAGAAUGGAAUGGUUAGUUGUUUGCUGGAGGCUUUGGAAAUGGGAAUGACCUUUUGCGGGAGUUGGGGUAGAUGCCUAUGAUGUAUUGUGAUUGAAGGAAGGAAAGGAAUGCGUGUGAAAUGCAUUAGGUUUGUAUUUGAGAUUUUUAUCAUUGUUUUUUAGAGGUGAUUUUUUCGAAGGGGUUGAAUCUGCGACUUUAUUCUACGUUCGUUGAUCCAAGCAGGUUAAAGCUUCUUUCGCCGAGAGCGUGACGCGUUGAACGUUCCUCGCGCCGCUGGCUUCCGCAUCCAUCGAACGAGGACGGUUUUUAAUAAUCGAGGAAACCGUUCGGUUUCCGAUAAUCGAGGUUGAUUCGACGAACGAGCUUCGAGUCGUUCGUGCGGUGUACAUACGUAGGUCAUCCAGGAUCAGAAGUGGAUGGCGAUAGAACGCGUGAACAAUGUUCAGCCUUUGCCCAGCGAGUCGUUUGUGAUCCACGUGCUGAACGCGUCGAACAGAAUGCGCGACCAUCUGUUUAAUGAAAUUUUUUACACUUUUUAACAUAUUAUUUUUCCAUGCGGUGUCUCGUUUAAACCGAACAUCUGAAUUGUUUCUGCUGUCGUCGAAGGUAAUACAAGCUGAAUAAGAUGGUGGAAUUACCGAGGUCAUUCUCAAUGUCAUUUCAAGGUCAUAGUUGUUUUUUCCGUGAUACUAUCUGUCAAUAUGUCAUUAAUAAUAUCUAGUUGAAUUCAAUAAUGACAUAUUAUUGGAACCUACGAUUGACCUAUGACCGCACAAUUUUAGGAAACUGAAAUGACCGUUUAGUCAUUCUUUAUCUUCGAUAACGGAGAAAGUCAUUCUAACGUUCGAACGAAACGAGACAUUUUCUAGGUGAUAUUUUGUAUCGAGAAACGAACGUAAAGCAAUAAAAGUUCAGACGUGGGUUAGAAGCGACGCCGAUCCAAUCGCUGCAUUACUGUUUCCGAUCAGCAAUUCGUUGCGUUGAAAUCGAUAUCAGGCAGACAGGGACGAAGGCACAAUCGACGACGCACAAUUUUUUACCGUGUUUAAACGUAGGUGAUUAGACGCUUAGUACCGUCGGAGCAACGACGAAACGUUCCUUCGAUAUCUCCGGGAGCAAUCUUGUUCUAUACGCGGACGACGAUUCCCGUCGGUUCGUCGAACCGAUCGAAACGAGAAGAAAGAGGAACGUCAAAGGAGAAGUGAUUUUGUAUCGUAUCGAUUCCGAUCGUAGCGUUCGUAAGACUGAAGUCCAAGGGAAAAGGAAGCUGUUUUCGGUCCAGGCGGCGAAAGAGAACGAUCCCGUUUCAGAUCCCGAUCCGAGUUACAUAUACUUAACACGUUUUGCGCGGCGACGGCCACUGAAGGCCGACGGUGAACUUUCCAUUUACGCGACGGAAAACGAAGAAAGGUAUUAAUAUUGUUUCAAUAUUUCGUUUAACAUUAAUACUCAUAUUUUAAUCCUAACACCACAAUAUUACUAUUAAUGUCGUUUAAUACUAAUAUUGAUAUUGCUAGAACAAUAUCAAAUUCGAACAGUACAUUACAAAUCAUAUAACACUAAAAAUAUUGUUCACAUCCUUCACAACGAAUUUUAUUGAACCAUUGUAAAAAAAAGAUUUCUUCUCCACAUUGCUUACGAAAACGAAAUCUGUUUAAUUCCCGUGCUUAAAUGGAAAGCAAAUCGAAGAGCUCCGUCUGUAACGUGUUAAUCCGGUUUACCCCCGAUCGAUCUGUCCCUCGAUGUAACUCGAACACUCUCAACGGACAUCCGUCUUCCACGUAGUACAAACUACAACUUAAAAUAGCGUGUCUCGCGUCCGAGUAGAUAGAAUUUCGUAGCACGGCGAACCGAUCGAGGGCGACAGGGGCUCCCGGCGGAGCGCCGCGCCGGGCCGCCCAGAGUAGAUUUAUAAUUGUUGUUUGUUAAAAUCUUCCUUCACCGUGCACCGACGAUCGAGAGAGCGACAGAGAACGAUAGAUCACAGCAUGGUUCGCUAUAGUACAAUAAAAAAACGAGAAAUUCGUGGGCUGGAGGAAGCAGCGUCCAGCGAACGUCCAAGAGUCCGUCGAUGGCGGCCGCGGCGUCGAACGGUCGCGAGGCCUGUUUCCCUCGAUCCUCGCGCGGCGAUGUCCAGCGAAUCGAUGCGCGUUCGUGCCUCGAAGGCGAAUUAGAGGCCCCCGUGGCUGGGCGUGCGAGCGACCGACGAUUAUCGCGCUCCGGUCCGAGAAAAUCACAGCCGAAUUGCACGUUUCCAGCGCCGCGCGAUAGCCGCGAGUCCGAAAUUCGAGAUCAGGUUUUAAAAAUAGCGCCGAAUCGAUGCGCCGCGCGCGGUCGGCCGCUUCCCGAGGCGCGCAGUUCGUUGAUCUUUUCUACGGAAAGAGGAUUUAGUUUGUAGAGUAGAAACUUCGAUCGCCCCGUGGAAGAGGAGGCGCCGACGCGCCGGUGCAUUGUUCCGUAGACGUUCAUAGAUCCGUGAGCAUAGAGAUCAGAUAGCAAGCGUCGCGUUGGAAUCGUCGAUGGCGUUCCGAUCGGUACGAAUUCAUUAAAAGCAAGCUUCCACGAUGUCGGAUUCCAAUUGCUGCUGGCGUGAAUUAAUAACAAUACUGUUCGACUUCGAUUGAAUUCGUGACGAUUUGAAUGUUACCAGUGAUUCCGAUGUUCGGAUAGAACAGUGGCUCUCAACCUGCAGUAAUGAAAUUGUAUAGGAGACAGAUAUAUUUGUUGGAAAAAUAGAGAAUUACGAAUAAUCGAGUUAAAUCUGUUGCAAUCUGGAAAUGAAAUUUUUCAUUCGCAUUGUCUGUUCACCUUGUUCCAUGUUAUUACAUUUGACUAAGUAACCGAGAAUCCAAGCAUUUCGCUGAUAAUGUACCGAGCGACGAGUAAACAGACGAAGGUUGAGAGCCACGGAUGCAAAAGGAACGUUAGAAAACUGCGAGAGCGUGCAUAGAAAGAGAGAUGAUGGGAUGACGUUCGAAGGAGCAACAGAGUACAACGGCGAGUCAUAUCAUUAAGCCUUAAUCCGUCGAAUGCGCUGUCCAAACUCUGAUAACUAAAAGGAAGGGGGGAGAGAAGAGGAGAGGCGAAACGAAACCGAGAAAUGGGGGAAAAAAAAUGGAAGGAGACAAAGGGGGAUCAAAGCCGAUCGAGGCGACCAACUCGAGCGCGUUUCGUUUAUUUUAUGCUCAACAGACGAGUCCCUAGGGUGGCUGAGAGUAGAACCGAUUCGUCGGGACGGGAACGGCCCGCGACGCGCGGUUUCUUUUCUGCGAGAACGAGCGAGAGAGUGUGCGUGUGUCUUUGUUUCGAUUGCGUGAUGAUACGUGCGUGUCCCGCGGGAGCGAACCGGAAGAAACGACGAACAGGACGCGAGAGGAGGAGAACGCGUCGGAAAGAGUGAUCGUUUUUACUCUUUGCGUUCUCCUUUCCGUAACGCUGCGUUUACAUCGCGGCGAUACUGAAAAAGAGCGUCGGCGAAACGUAGAAAUACGCUCCAUUGGUUUAUCUUGAUGGAGACGUUCAUCUCGGAGCAUCUGGUAAACGACAGAUAUCGAUACGUGUUACUUGUUUACUGUGCUCGCCUUCGUAAUGACGUAGGAAAAUGAAUCUUUUGCACUUGGGGUGAUUUGAUACGAAAUUAGGAAGUUUGAUAUGAAAUGUUGAGCUUUGUACAAUGCACCGAUAUGUGAAAUAUUGAAUUAAAUAGGUUUGCCUCAGUUUAUGAUUUGUCUUUAAGAUUCUUUCGAAGAGUGUCGUAUAUCUCAGAAAUGUUGAAUAUUUCUAGAACUUUCGAGUGCGCAGGGUUAAUUGCGGAGGUGUUGAUUACAGUUGCUAUGUGAGUGACUGGAAGCAUGUUAUCGGAGAUUCAUUGUACACGCAUUAUGAUCGAUGCUCUAGUAUUUAAUCUACGAUGUAAACGCAGCCUACGGUUUGGUACACGUUAUCGGUCAGGGCUAAAAUUCUGUUAUCUAUUGUUUACAACGAGCAGUGAUCAAAUCUGGAUUAACUCCACUAAACAGACAGCGGAGAAAGUGCGGCAGUAUACAUUGAUUUUCAAAGUUUCCCUUUAAAUGAAAAGUCGGAUGAAUAUAGAAUGUGUCUUACUCUAUUAUUGCAGGUGCAAAUUUAAUCUAAUGAUCAUUUCAUCGUUUACAUUGGCCAAAAGAAUUUUUGUCAGUUCGUGAAAGUGAAAGCAAUAACAAGAAAACCUGUCCUAUAUAUGAAAAGUCGAAUACGUUGGCGAAAUUAACAAAAAUUCCAAAAUUCGAGUUGACCGAAUAUUUGCGAAACCUGACCGACAGUGUGUACCGGGCUUAAUGGAGAAACUUUUCUCCUAGUUAAUCGCGUGUUUCGUACAUGUGUCUUUCGGCGACAAGCACACGGCGAUCCGUGUAAUCGGUGAUGGCUGAUCGUUCACAUUCCUUUCUAUUUCUUUUCUGUAACAUAUAAAUAUAGAAACUCGACUGUGAGGCGGCUGUAAAUACAUGAAAGAUUUAGACGGAUAAGAGGAGAUGGAAAAGGUGACGAUGAUGAUGAUGAUAAUGAUUGGAAAUGACGACGAUAAUGAUAACGACGAUGAUAAUGAAGGUGAUGAAGACGGAGAUGAUGGUCAAGGUGAUGCUGAUAACGAUGAUGACGAUCAAGAUAAUGAUCAAGAUGAUCAAGAUGAUCAGGAUGAUCAGGAUGAUGAUGGUGAAAAGGAAUGGAUCCUCUCGGUGUUUUAGAGCUAGUUGUGUCGACAUGUUUCUUCCUAUAUUAUAUAUAAUAUAUACACAUAUAUAUACAAAUAUAAAUAUAUUUAUUAUUGCGUUGUUCUAUUCUAAUAUUUAUUGUAUUUAUCAGAUAUAGGAUUUACGCGCGACACGUUACGUUUUAUUGAUCGGGGCUCGUGUCGAGAUCCAACGUUCCCUCGCCUCGUCUUGGCUAUUCCGCUGCGACCUUUCUUUCUCUUGGUCUCCUCGACCUCGUCCGCGAUCAGGGACGUGAAAACGAAUACGCGUUUAACCUCUUAACGUGGCGUCCUAAUUUUUAUAUUAGAUUCUAGAAUAUUCGCAUCAUAUUAUCCUUGACCUUAUAUAUUGCCUAUUGAAUAAUUUGAUAACUACUAUUAUUGAUUUAUCGAACUCAUUUCCUUCUGCUCUAUAAAAAUCUGCAAUCUACAAUUUUGAAACUACCUGUAAUCUUUGAAUAUUACAGUUUAAACGCUAAUCACUAUUCAAUGUAAUAAUAUAGAAUGUGAUAUGAAUUUUAUGAGUAAUAUUCUGUAUUAUUAUUUCUUCUUUCAAAAUUCUAUUUCUUCUUUUAAAAUUAAUAUUCUAAUUUAACAUUUUAAUAUUUUUCAUAAUUCAAGAAUCUUUAAGGGGUUAAUUCCCGUUCCUCGAUUUCCCCGGCGUUAAUGGCCGGCCGAAAAUGUCGCAGCCCGAUCUCGCCACGAGUCUUAGCCGAAAUUGAAAGCGAACACGAGAUAGAAAACACGAGGUAAGUCCACGAUGUGCGCGGUUCGUGUUCGCGAGCCGAACAGGCGUGCACACGGCACGUUACCACCUUUCUACGUCACGUCUCCAAACUGUACUUUUUCUAUGUCCGCAUACUCUAGUUCCUACGCAAUGUUU